AUGGACAAGGAUCCGACGUCCUUGCCUCGACAACUCGGCACAUCGAUCAAGAACCGGUUCUCCUACUGCCUCUCUCCGACCACAGCCUCGUACGUAAGGUUCGGGAACGAGGCGGUGAUCCAAGGGAGGAACGGGCAGAGGAGGCCGAUCGUCGAGACGAGCAACAAACGGAGCGCCAUGAACUACGCCCUCCCGUUGAUGGAUCUCAGCAUCAACGGGAAGAGACUCGGGGCGAGAUUCCCCGAGGGUAUCUAUAUAGAUUCCGGAUCCUCGUUGAGCCUACUGGAAACGAGUGUAUUUAUUGCUGUGAAAAAUUUUCUUGUUAGCUAUUUUGCGAGGUUUAAGGAUGUUAAGAGGUAUACAGGGGUGGAUGUUCCGGACACAUAUAUCUGUUUUAGUUAUGCAAUGACGCGGCCGAGUUUACCGAUGAUGGUGUUUCAUUUUAAGGGGGCUGAUUUGGCGGCGGCAGCGCCGACAAAUCUGUUCAUCUUUUUGGAGAAGAAAGUGUUCUGUUUUAUGGCGUUGGAGUCGAAAACCAUAUCCAUUUUGGGGGUAUUUCAGCAGAGGAAUAUCAGCUUGGUGGCUGAGUGA